ACCAUACACAGAUACUGUAUGUGGCAUAUCCUCAGCAAGUUCUCAGAGAAACUAGAUGCAGUCAAAUGGAAAGAACAAUGCACCCAAUUUCAGAAAUGCAUAUGGGAUUCUGAGAGUCCAGAGAAUUUUGAAGUUGAAUGGUCCAGGGUGAUAGAGCAAAGUGGCAUGUCUGACAAUGAGUGGUUAAAAGGGUUGUAUGAUAUUCGGUUCAAAUGGAUUCCUGCUUAUGUUAACGACACAUUCUCUGCGGGCAUGUCCAGUAGCCAAAGAGCAGAAAGUUGUCAUUCAUUUUUCAAGCAUUAUGUGUCAAAGAAAAACACAUUGAUGGAUUUUUGUGGUUAGAUUUUCAAGGGCACUUAAA